CCAGAUGAGCAGCACAGGGCCACACACAGUCUCACUGAGUCAGUAGACAUGGAGGAUGGAAAGCCUGAUCUGCUGCUGGUCAAAGAGGAGACAAUAGAAGACGAACCAGAAAGCAUUGAUCUGCUGAGUGGACUAAAGAUGGGGGAGCAAGGUGGUUGGCUAGAGGAUAACAGAGGAGACUGGGAGGCCAUCUUGGAUUCCCAGACCGGUGCAGUCAAGUGCCCAGGGGACAACAUCACUAAGCAGGCCAGGACCAGAGGCAACAUAGUGGAGGUCAGUGGAUGGGACAGCGUCCUCAACUCUGGGCUGGGGAACAACACUGUUAACCACAACCAGAAACAGGCAGUGGAACACAAACCAACAACCAAUCUUAGACUCCAUGACAACAGACUGGCUGUGACCAGGGCGAGGCAUAGAUUUGGUCUGCAGGGACAGGGAGGUGUCUCUAUGCGGCAGGAGAGAACAGUCACAGACUCGGCUAGCGAUGCUCCGUCCUGCUCCUAUAGUUGUGAUUCAGAGAGACUGAUGACGCCUCAGGUUGACCCCCUAACAGGUGCUGGCUUCAGCCUGCCUUCUAUAGGAUCUAUCAACUGGAACAUGGACCAUGCGACAACACAGACACUCCCUGGCCUUCGUCCUCCUCACACUCUGUUUAACCAGACAUGUGCCAGUGCCUCAAUACUAAAUGGCUACACAAGACCAUUGACAAAUGACAGUAGUAGAGACGCUAUCAGUGGAUCCGGUGGCAAAGAGAAGCGCUUCCCGUGUUCAUUUUGUGGGAAAGCCUUCAGUUUUCCCAAACAAGUGGAAAUCCACCAGAGGAUGCACACGGGGGAGAAACCAUUCGGCUGCCAACUGUGUGAGAAGAGGUUCUCCCAUCAGCACCACCUGAAGAGGCACCAGAGGGUCCACACAGGGGAGAAACCUUUCAGCUGCCCCCAGUGUGAGAAGAGGUUCUCCCACCAGCACCAGCUGAAGAUGCACCUGAAGGUCCACACGGGAGAGAGGCCGUUCGCCUGUACGCACUGGGGGAAGAGUUUUUCACCUCAGGAUACACCAGCAGAAAAUGCACACGGCCCAUGUAUAGUGUAUGGUGACAUGUAAUGUAGUACUAGCUAGUUUGUUUGUAGUUAAUUCUGUUGGUUUUCAAUGAAGUAGGGAACCGGAUGAGGUCAACUGAAGAAAGAAUGAGUAUGAUGAGGCAGAGUAUAUUAUAUGGUGAUGGUUGGUGUUUGUAAAAAUGUUUCACUGAUGAAGAGUGACCCAUUUUCUCCCUUUAGGUUGAUACUGGUGUUUUAUAGUGAGAUAAUGAUGGUGCCUUAAUUCAUGUUUACGUCACAUGAAGUAGUGAAGCUGUGUGUUAUGUAAUGUUGAACCUUUUCCAAUGUAUUCUAAAAAAAAAAAUGUUUAAAGCAAGGGUACCAGAUUGAGAAAAGUUAUUAUAUUUGUCACAUAUCGUUUUGUGCAAUAAAAGUACUGUACUUCAAGUUAUCUUAGUGUAUGA